UGUUGUAAUUUGGUUCGGUUUGGCCCAACAGUUGUAUGGAGCCGCGAUGGGCGGCGGCGCAGGCGUAGCCGGGGUGGCGGGGGGCGCGGGGCAACACGCCCCCAUCCCCACACAGCCGCAGAGGAACUUCAGGAAAGUGGGCGUGGGAUCAGGCGUGCAGGUGGCGGCGGCGACGGGGCAGCCGCUGCUGGCGCCGGCGCCCAUGCAGCCCUUCAUGCCGUACUCGCACCCGCACUCGGCGCCGCACCCGCAGCCGCUGCAGUACCAGCACAUGGUGCGGAUGUACCACGGCGGCGGCGUAGGCGUGGGCGGUUCCGGCGUGGGCGGCGGCGAAGUAGGCGUGGGCUACGCCCCGCCCCCGGUGCGGAUGUACCACGGCGGCGGCGUCGGCGUGGGCGGCGGCGAAGUGGGCGUGGCCGGCGUGGGCUACGCCCCGCCCCCGGCGCCGUCGCCGUCGCCCACGCCGGAGCAAAUGCGAAUUGUCAUUGUGAGAAAUAGACAUUUGAGAAGUUGUCAUUCCGAGCUGAAACGAUUUUAUCUGUUACGAACUAUUUGA